AUGGCUGAAAAAUUCAACAAAACUGCGAUUAAUUUCAGUGAUGUUGAAAAGCUAGAUAUUUUGAUUCAAUCUUUUGAAGACAGAUUUUUGGAGUUUAAAAAAGUGAAACCUCUGUUGGACAUAUUAAGCAAUCCUUUCACGAUUUCAGUUGAAAAUGCGCCAGACUCAAUGCAGUUAGAAAUUAUCGACAUUCAACGCGACCAAGAUUUACGCAACAAAUUCAACGAAGGAGACUUGCUGAACUUUUACCGCUGCAUUGAUAAAAAUACGUACAAAGAGUUGCGCAUAAACGCUCUGAAAUGUGCCAGCUUAUUUGGUUCUACCUAUAUAUGUGAACAAACCUUUUCAAUACUAAAUAAUAAUAAAACAAAAAAUCGAAACCGCCUUGCAAAUGAAAGUUUGCAAGCAGUUUUACGUGUUUCUACGAGCAAGUAA